GUGGGCCCGGUGGAGGGCGGCUGCGCGACGGGGCGGCUGCUGGGGAGACCGAUGCACGCUAACAAAAUGCCCCAUAAGGUUGAGUUUCAGUGGGCAGGCAAGGCCUCUGGCGUCCAAGGACCCUGGGGAAAUUUUUCGAAACCGCUAACGUCGAUAUCUUAUCGUGGUCGCGAUCAUUAAGAUUUCCAUCGAGAAUUCCAGAACCGCAACAAUUGAAGCCAUCGCGCUCACCUCAGGCUCCUCUCCCACCGAGUCGCCUCCAUCUUGAUUCCCCAGCAGUUAUCUCUCUCAUCUCUUCACUAUUCCUGCCCGUCAUAUCACAAUGAGUUGCUCUUGCAACACCGCCGCGCUGCGGAUCUUCGUCCGAAACGUCGCCAACAUCCAAGUACCCUCAUCUCAACAAGUCACCCCAAGAGCGCUUUCCGGCAUUCACAGGUCAAGGACUACAUCUCUACCUUUCCAUACACGAUCUCUACACACAACACGCGCUGCCCGAACCGACUCCACAGAGGCUGUCUCCGAGGAGGCAAACCAGGCUGAGCCGCCAACGACCACAGAGAAACCGAAAGCCCCGAAACUGCUCUUCAGAAAAACCAAUGCUCCUGCCAACCCUAACUGGAUGGGAGAGCAGCCUCCAAGACGCCGAGACUUCAACCCUCGAGAGUUUAGAAAGGUCAAGCGAAGCGAUGAAGCGCCCACAACCCAAGAAGAAGGAGACAACGCGGAGUCUACAAAGAAGAAGAUCAGGUGGAGAGAUCUACCAGAAGAGGAAAGGAGAGAACUCUACGCCAAAGCCGGCAAAGAGAUGCCCGACGAGGCCGAGAGGCAAGCGCGGAAGCAAGAGCGGCAGCAACAAAAGCUGAGGGAGUCACUCGAGGAGCCCAAAAAGUACAACCCGUCCAACCCCAAGCGCGGGGACUGGCAGCACCAGAAGAACGCUCUGAAGGAAAAGUUCCCUGAGGGUUGGAAGCCGCUCAAGAAGCUAUCCCCAGACGCGCUGGAGGGCAUCCGGGCGCUGCACAAGCAGUUUCCGGAGGAGUACACGACCGAGGUGCUGUCCAACAAGUUCCAGGUGUCGCCCGAGGCGAUCCGCAGGAUCCUCAGGAGCAAGUGGCGGCCGGACCCGGACGAGGAGAUUGAGCGCCAGGAGAGGUGGUUCAAGCGCGGCACGCAGAUCUGGCAGAGGUAUGCUGAGCUGGGCGUGAAGCCGCCCAAGAAGUGGCGAGAGCAGGGGAUCAGACCGAAUAAAUACUGGAAGGAAGGGGAGGAGAAGACGUUUAAGGAUCGCCAGAUUGCGAAUGUCAAGCUUCAUCGGAGCUUGUUGUGAGAAGGAGAGUCAUUCAUUUUUACAGUCCAAGUAAGAAUGAAAGACUUGCAUGGCUUUGGCGGCGUGGCAUUCAGCAGGCAAGCAAGCAAUCAUAUCACCGCUCAACACCUAAAUCACGGCCGACUGUAUUAAUAGCAAAAGAAAACUGUUUCCAAUCAUGAUCUGAUAUUAUGGCAGAUCAUAAU